CCCACGGGAUCCACGGCAAGAGCGAGGCUCUGAGCGGGUCAUGGCUAAGGCUGCAGAGCCCGGACCAAAGCCCUGAUCGCCUCGCUGCGCACAGCCUCUGAGGGACAGCCCUGAAGUUCGCAUCCUGACGCUCGAAAGCGCCCAUCUGGACAAGCACAGGGGAGGCUGGACGAAGAGCAGUAACAAGCUAUGGCUGGUGACUCUAGGAAUGCGAUGAACCAGGACAUGGAGAUUGGAGUAACUUCCCAGAACCCCACCAAGAUUCCCAAGCAGGCUCGCGAUUACAUACCCAUUGCCACCGACCGCACUCGCCUGCUGGCCGAAGGCAAGAAGCCCCGCCAGCGCUACAUGGAGAAGAGCGGGAAAUGCAACGUUCACCACGGCAACGUGCAGGAAACUUACCGCUACCUGAGCGACCUCUUCACCACCCUGGUGGACCUCAAGUGGCGCUUCAACCUGCUCGUCUUCACCAUGGUCUACACCAUCACCUGGCUAUUCUUUGGUUUCAUCUGGUGGCUCAUUGCAUACAUCCGGGGCGAUCUGGACCACGUUGGUGACCAAGAGUGGAUUCCUUGUGUGGAAAACCUCAGUGGCUUUGUGUCUGCUUUCUUGUUCUCCAUUGAAACGGAGACAACCAUUGGCUACGGCUUCAGGGUCAUCACUGAGAAGUGUCCAGAAGGGAUCAUCCUCCUCCUGGUCCAGGCUAUCCUGGGCUCCAUCGUCAAUGCGUUCAUGGUGGGUUGUAUGUUUGUCAAGAUCAGCCAGCCCAAGAAGAGAGCGGAGACGCUCAUGUUCUCCAACAACGCGGUCAUCUCCAUGCGGGAUGAGAAGCUGUGCCUCAUGUUUCGGGUGGGAGACCUCCGCAACUCCCACAUCGUAGAGGCCUCCAUCCGGGCCAAGCUCAUCAAGUCUCGGCAGACCAAAGAAGGGGAGUUCAUCCCCCUGAACCAGACCGACAUCAACGUGGGCUUCGACACUGGCGAUGACCGCCUCUUCCUGGUGUCUCCGCUCAUCAUCUCCCACGAAAUCAAUGAGAAGAGCCCUUUCUGGGAGAUGUCCAGGGCUCAGCUGGAUCAGGAGGAGUUCGAAGUGGUGGUCAUUCUAGAAGGAAUGGUGGAAGCAACAGGUAUGACUUGCCAAGCACGAAGUUCUUACAUGGAUACAGAGGUGCUCUGGGGCCACCGGUUCACACCCGUCCUUACCUUGGAGAAGGGCUUCUAUGAGGUGGACUACAACACCUUCCACGACACCUAUGAGACCAACACACCCAGCUGCUGUGCCAAGGAGCUGGCAGAAAUGAAGCGGGAAGGCCGACUCCUCCAGUACCUUCCCAGCCCCCCACUGCUGGGGGCCUGUACUGAGGCAGAGCAGGAUGCAGAGGCUGAACAGGAUGUAGAGGAUGUGCUACAUCGGUCCCAGGAGACCAGGGGCUCAGUGUGAGGACUCUUCGCUCUCCACAGCUUCCCCUUGCCACCUUCCAGGCACUUGCUACAAAGUAAGGGAGAGCAGAAAGGGCAGGUAGUUGAGUGUGCUGUUUGGGGGCCCAG